CAUAUAACAUUACAAAUAUUAUCGCGGUCAGAUAACUGUGUAAGCUCUCUUGUAUCAAAGUAUCUCGUGUCUUUCAUUAGUUUGCAACUGUUACAAUCGGGUGCAGCUCCUUAUUCGGGAGGCGAGGAAGAUUUGUACAAGCCGAAAACGUCCAUCAAUCUUUGCAAUUAUAUAAUCUUGGAUGAUAACGCUGAUACUUAAACUACUGACACUACAACAGAAUCCGUUCUCAAACAAUUGUUACAUUCAAUCUGCAGCAUACUUAAGAUAACAGCUAAUACUGCUGUGAUUGCCACAGUAGUACGCUUAACUCGUCUAGAUUAUGUCUACUGCGACGUAACAAAGAAUUAAUAGCAAGAAAUUAAUAUAGUAACAAAUAUGGAUGCGGAAUCAAAUACAAAGUCAGACACAAAGGAUCUUAAAAUGGAGAAGAUGCCUAAAGCGAGCCAAGAAGAGACAGACAAGUUGGUGAAAGCGAUAGGACAAUUUGGAAAAUGGCAACUAAUGUUAUGGCUACUGAUAGCUUCGCCAAUAAAGAUCUCAGCGGCAUGGCAGCAACUAGGGAUAGUGUUCAUAGCACCCGCUACAUCUUUCAUGUGUGAACAAACGAAUCUUACGAAUACCAUAGAAAUGAACACGUGCUAUAGUGAUUGUGUCAGUUAUAAAUAUUACACGGACUUCAAAAACACCAUCAUUUCCCAGUUUGGGCUGAUCUGCGACAAAGCUUGGUUGUCGAACUUCACGCAGACUAUUUGUAUGUUCGGGGUCCUGAUGGGAAGUAUCAUCUUUGGAUUUAUAGCUGAUCGAUAUGGAAGACGUCCAGCGCUGCUAAUAUCUUGCAUGCUUCUACUAGUGACCUCAAUUGGAGAGGCGUUCUGUAAAAUUUAUUGGCUAUUCACUGCAGUCCGUUUCUUCAUAGGAUUAGCCACUGCAGGCACAAUGCUCUGUUCCUUUAUCCUAAUGAUGGAAAUCAUCGGGCCAAUGAAAAGAGAGCUCAUGAACUGCCUCUGUGCCCUACCAAUGCCUGUCGGACAAAUGCUAAUGCCACUGUUCGCCUACUUCUUAAGAUCUUGGGAUAACUUCUGCUUAGGUGUUGGAAUCCCCCACGUUUUGUACCUGGCAUAUUUUUUCAUAUUACCCGAAUCUCCAAAGUGGUUAAUUUCCGUGGGUAGGCUUGAAGAAGCAAGUAAAGUUAUGACACAAGCUGCUAAAUGGAAUAACCUUCCAACGGAUAACAUGUUAGACGUCGCCAAGAGUAUUGCCAGUGAAAAGGUGAACUCGAACGAGCCCAUUAGGAAGGCCACCUACUUAGACCUGCUAAAGACCAAAGUGCUCAGGAUCAACAUCUUUGGUUCCUGUAUGAUCUGGUUUGUGCUUGGUAUCAGUUACUAUGGCAGCAACCAAUACAUUGGACAGACCAGUUCCAACGUCUUCAUUUCUGUUCUUUUGGCUGGAGUAUUGCAGAUUCCUGGUAUCUUGUUGAGUGGUUUUCUCUGCCGUUACUUCGGGAGGAAGAUCACAAUGAUCAGCUUCCUGAUCGUGUGUGGAGGGAGCAAUGCUUUUCUGGUGGUCCCCGAAGACUGGUUCGCCGUGAGACUGACCAUGGGUGCUAUCGGUGUAGGAUGUGCUUCAGGAGCUUUCGCUACCAUGUAUAUGUACACAACAGAAAUGUUCCCAACGGUAGCCCGCAACAUGGCUAUGGGAGCCUCAUCCACUGUCUCCCGAGUCGGUUCCAUGAUAGCUCCAUACGUGGCGGGCAUGACCAUCAUUGCUGCGUGGCUACCACCAGUGGCUUUUGCCAUAGUUCCUAUAGUGGGAGCAUUAACCUGCUACUUCUUGCCUGAGACGAGAGGCAAGACACUGUCAGAUCAUUUAUCUUAGUGCAUCGUGAGAGUGCUUUGUACUUGUCAAUUGUAUUGUCUUCAGUGUUUAUUUAUUAACCUUUAGCAAAUGGAUAGGGUCGUGAUAUUUUUGUAAAUAUGUAUGUUACUCUCUAGCUUUAAUUUGUAAUUAUUAGUCGUAAUUUGAUAAUGUUUAUAAAUAAAAUCAUAAUUAUACUCUUUUUAUAAUACGUAUAAACAUAUUAUU